GUACUGCUUUUAAACAGUUUAGAGGAAAACAGGGGUGCUGAAGGCAAGAAGAAGAAGACAAAGAAACACAAGGACCAAACAUGGGCUAAAGAGGGGCCACAGGACCCUUUCGAAAUGCUGGACUCUCUUCCUGAGGAGAAGCAACAGGAGAUUCAAAAAGCCCUGCACCUGUUUUCUUUUGGUCAGGGGCCUCCAAGAAGUCUACUGGAGGCUCAUAAGCACACAUACCGCUUUUGGGAUACCCAGCCAGUCCCUAAGAUAGAUGAGGAAGUGACAUCAUAUGGACCGAUUAAGUCAGAGAUGCCCAGCGUUCGAGAAGAGUCGUAUUCACUGCCACAGGAAUUCAUUUGGGACACGCUCGACCUGGACAAUCAGGAACAGCUGAGAGAACUUUGUGAUUUGCUGAAUGAAAACUACACAGAGGAGGAUGACAACACACUUCGUCUGCACUACUCUCCACAGUUCUUGCUCUGGGCUCUAUGCCCCCCUGGAGGGCAAUCACAGUGGCACUGUGGAGUCAGAGUAAACUCCAGUCAAAAACUAGUGGGAUUCAUAAAUGCCAUUCCUGCUACUAUGAAAGUAUUUGACACAGAGCUAAAGAUGGUGGAAGUGAACUUCCUUUGCGUGCACAAAAAACUUCGCUCAAAAAGAGUGGCACCAGUCCUAAUCAAGGAGAUCACCAGACGUGUCCAUCAGGAGGGUAUAUCUCAAGCAGUCUACAGCACCAGUGCGGUCCUACCAAAGCCUAUUGCAACCUGCAGGUACUGGCACAGAUCGCUGAACCCACGCAAGCUGAUUGAGCUGAAUUUCUUCUCUCUCACUCGUAACAUGACCCUGCAGCGUGCCCUCAAGCUAAAUCGGCUUCCUGAGACAACAAAAACUACUGGCCUUCGCCCCAUGACUGCGCAGGAUGUUCUAGUGGUUCAGGCCCUUCUGAGAGAACAUCUAAAGGCUUUUCAUCUCUCUCCUGUUAUGACCCUGGAGGAUGUUGAACACUGGCUUCUGCCUCAAGAUGGUGUGAUUGACACAUAUGUUGUGGAGAGCAUGACCGGUACAGUAACUGACAUGGUGAGUUUCUACACUCUUCCCUCUACGGCUCUGAACCACCCUGUGCAUAAAGGCCUGAAAGCAGCCUGUGUUCUCUACUGCAUCAGUAAAGCCACCCCGCUGCUGCAGCUAAUGGGGGACACCCUUAUAAUCUGUAAAGCAAGGGGGUUUGAUGUGUUCUCUGCAAUGGAUGUAAUGGAUAAUAAAGCUUUUUUGGAGCCACUUAAGUUCAGAAUGGGAGAGGUACACAAGCAGUAUUACCUCUUCAACUGGAGAUGCCCUGAAAUAUCCUCUGACAAGGUGGGUGUUGUGCUGAAGUAAUGGCAUUUUGCGCCACAAAUGUGCAGUGAAAUGACAUAAGCACAAAACUCAAAUAGCACACUUUUCUCAAUAUAUGAAUAAAUCCUCAUUUCUCAAUCUGAAA